AUGAUCCUUGAAGAGCUCCAGCCAGACACCAUCAGUUACAACAGCGUGAUCAAUGCUUGCGAAAAGGAUGGCCAAUGGCAGCAAGCUCUCCAUUUGCUGUUUGCAAUGAAGAUCGUGCAAUUGGAGCCCGAUGUCAUCAGCUUCAGCUCCUCUCUCAGCGCCUGUGCCAAAGAAAGUCGCUGGCUGACAGCUUUGCAACACCUCCAAUGGAUGCGAUUGGCCCAGGUGAUCCCAAAUGUGGUUACAUUCACAGCUGCAAUCACUGCAUGUGAGGGCCACCUCCCAGAUGUGUCGCUCGCCCUCUUUGAUAUGAUGUUCCAAGUGCAAAUUCAGCCAAAUGAAAUUGCUUAUACUUCCGCAAUCAGUGCAUGUGCUGCAGAUGAUGACUGGUGGGCUGCUUGCUCCUUGUUAGAGGAAAUGAACACUGUAGCUUUGGAGCCUGGCAUCGUCAGCUACGGCGCAGUUCUAAAGGCAUUACCAGGAAGAUGGCUCUGGGCGGCACAAUUGCUCCGCAACGCCAAAGAGUUGACGAUAAGGAUGAAUGAGGUGGCAUGUACCGCUGCCAUCGCUGCCACCAAGAAGACCAAGAAGUGGAAAAUGGUGCUGCAGACACUGCAAGAUGUCAUCGGCACGCACCUGGACAUGGAUUUGGCAAGCAUGGCCAUUACCUGCAUCGAGGAUCAAUGGCAGCAUGCUUUGAGAUUUGUGGGUGAGGCACGACCUCGCAGUCUGGAAGUGGAUCUCGUGGCUCAGAACGCAGUCCUCAGUGCAUGCGACCAAUGGUUCAAAAGCAUACAGCUCUUCAAUGAUGCACUGCCAGCGCAGGGAUUUGAGGUUGAUUUGGUGUCCAGUGGGACUGUCUUGACUAGCUAUGCACGAGGCUGGAAUUGGCAGCGUACGCUGCACUUGUUGGCAUGGAUGAGAUCUAGGCUUCUCGACACAGAAGACUGUACCUACAAUGCCGCAAUUAGUGCAUGUGAACAUGCCCAGCAGGAAGUGAAAUUAAAAGAUCCUGCGCUUCUUUGGGUGGUAGGAGACUGGCCGGUCCUUUGCGCUGAAGCUGAGUGGGAAAUGGUCGAUGAAAAUCAGGCAAUGGCACUGGUUGCUUUCCCGGAAGAGAACUCAGGGCCCACCCCGAUCUCAUGGGCGGCACGAUUGCUUGGUGCUCCAAAGAAGUCACAAGUCUCAGCCAUCGAGGGCAAGGUGCAAGCCACCAAGGAGAAAGCUGUCAAGAGCCAAGUUCAGGUGGAAGAGCAAGAGCUCCCGGAUCCCAAAGAAUUGGCACGUGAAGCACGCUCCAAACAUGUGACAACGGGUGGUGGGCAGACGCUGCGCUCCAAUACUCAAUGCGAGUGGAAGACAGUGGUAGCCGAAGAGGAUGAUGACGUCUCACAUUUGCAGAUGCUGCGCAAAGCCCCAGUUCGCGAAAGAGGGAGUGGCAAAUGCCAAGUAAAAGGCAAAGCCAGCAAAGCCAUGAAGAGCACGAAGAGUGCAGACCAAGACCGGGACGGCAAGAAGGUUCAGGAACACCCACAGAGCAAGAAGCAGACAAGCCGCAUCGACAUUCGUGAAGGUCUCAACAUCAUGGGAUUCGCCUGA